UUCAUGGAUAGUCAUCGAAACAUCACAGAGUUUUUCAUGCUGGGACUCUCACAGAAUCCUGUGGUGCAGAGAUUUUUAUUUGUGCUGUUUUUGAUUGUCUACCUGAUCUCUGUUGGGGGCAACCUACUUAUCAUGAUCACUAUUAUCUUCAGCCCCACCUUGGGUUCCCCUAUGUACUUUUUCCUUUCAUGUUUGUCCUUUAUUGAUACUUGCUAUUCCUCAUGUAUGACCCCCAAACUCAUCGCUGACUCCUUGUAUGAAGGGAGGGCCUUCUCUUUUGAGGGCUGCUUGGCUCAGUUCUUUGUUGCUCAUUUAUUGGGAGGAACUGAGAUCAUUUUGCUCAUGGUGAUGGCCUAUGACCGCUAUGUGGCCAUCUGCAGGCCUCUACACUACACAACCAUCAUGACCAGGCGUCUCUGUGCCAUGCUGGUGGGGGUGGCUUGGCUGGGGGGCUUCCUGCAUUCCUCAGUUCAGCUCCUCCUGGUCCUUUGGUUGCCCUUCUGUGGGCCCAAUGUGAUCAAUCACUUUGUGUGUGACUUGUACCCUUUGCUGGAGCUCGCCUGCACCAACACACAUGUCAUUGGUCUGUUGGUGGUGGCCAACAGUGGUGUGAUCUGCCUGUUGAACUUCCUCAUGCUGGCUGCCUCCUACUUGGUGAUCCUGCACACCUUGAGGGCCCACAGUACAGAGGGGAGACGCAAAGCCCUCUCCACCUGUGGGGCCCACUUCACGGUUGUGGCCUUGUUCUUUGCGCCCUGUAUAUUUAUUUACAUGCGCCCAUCAUCCACUUUGUCCAUAGACAAAAUAGUGGCUGUGUUUUAUUGUAUUUUGACACCCAUGUUCAAUCCCCUGAUUUAUACCCUGAGAAAUGCAGAGAUGAAAAACGCUGUGAAGAAUCUCUGGAAGAAAUGA